GCGACGAAGAAGGACGAGGGUGUGCGCGACGAAAGAAAAGCCAGUCCUUGUUACACUUCCUCCCGUUGCUGUGCCGAGUCCACAAGCCGCAGCUGCAGCGACUCACAACCACAGCAGGCCGCUAGGCCAAACUACAAAAGCCCACUCCAACCGCGAUGAUGGCUGGGCGGGCAGCGAGUGUGCUCGCACUGCUUCUUGGUGUCUUUGUGGCACUCGUUGCAGUGCCUGCGACACACGCUCGUCCACAAGAAGGCAUCAUCAAGCCUCCAAUGCCAUCCGACACGUUUCUGAACAUCUCCGAUGCCAUUGCCAACGCCGCCAACGCCUUCGAGUCACCCAUCUCGGAGGGUGUCGUUCCGUUCUACGCACAGCCAUCCGAGGACUCCUGUGCCAUCUGUGAGCACAUCCUGAGCCGCUCCAAUGUUGCUGAGGCCCUGUCGCCCGAGGCGGCCGCAAACCUCGCCGAUGAGGCGUGCAGCGCCAUCGAGCGUGACACGACACGCUGGCAGUGCCGUGGCAUCGCCGCCAACUACAUUGAUGACCUCAUCAACGGUCACUGCAACACGGCUUGUGCAGACGUCAAACGCGAACGACGUUCCGUGUGCCAGUCCCACGUCGAAUGUCUCACCACGCAGUUCUGCGGCCAGAACCAAGAGUGUCAGGCUUGCAGCGUGUGUGCGAUGGAGGGCGUGGACGUUGCGCUUGGCGGCUACUGCCCAUGCCUCGGCGGCACCAUUGAAGGCAUCACCCCGGCAGAAGGUUCCACCGUUGUUGGUGGCACGCUGCAGACGAUUGAGUUCAAGACCGAGAACGUCGGCCCCGCCGUCAACAUCGAGCUCUACAAGCGGGGCGAGAACACAAAGGCCUUCCGCACAAUCCAGCAGUUUGUGCGCGUGUCUGACACGGGCGUCACCAAGUUCACGUGGCCUGUGUCUCGCUACUAUCCUUCCGGCUCCUACUACAUCACCAUCACCAGCAUCGCCUCCUCUCAGAUUGUCGGCCUCGUCCCAACAAACGGCUACUUUCAGAUCCAGAAGAGCCUGGCGUGCAAGGCCCACGAAGUCUGCUCAGCCACCACUUACUGCGACAUCUACUCCUCGUGCUACUACUGCGAUGAGUGCGAGCGCUGGCAGGACGCCUUUGACGGCCAGUGCCCGGAGAAAUGCUACAAGUCGAUCGCCACCCGCGCGCAAGUGACAUUCCAGCUGCCCAAAGCGACGAGCAAGAUUGCCACCAACUCCUACCUUCCCAUCGUUUGGAACUACAACGCGCUGGUUCUGGACCACAUUGACCUGUACCUUCUGCCCGUGAACAGCUUCAACUCCCUGCUUGCGCUCUCCAUCAACCAAGAAGUCAGCGCCGGGUCCCUUGCCUACAAGGUGCCGCGUGACUUCCCGCCUGGCAAGUACUGGAUUGUGGCGACACACACGGCUGACGCAUCACUGCAGGUCAUCGGCUACACCCCAGACCGCGCCAACACGAUUGGCGACACGGGCUUUGAGAUCUUCCAGGAGGACUGCCCUUCACACGACAGCUGCGAGGACACAGAGUACUGCGACGCAGACGGCAGCUGCUACCCCUGCGACGACUGCUUCCGCACAGGCGCUGCCUUUGACGGCACUUGCCCGCAAAAAUGCGGCACUGGCACCGUCAUGGAGUUUGGCACCUCAAUCCCCGACGGCCCCGAGGCUGACGCGAGCGGCGUGAUUCUGGAGUUCAUUCUGCCGCAGUGCCCCGAGUUCAAAGCGCUGCAGCACCUGACGGCGACGGAGACAGUCAAGCCCGAUCCGCCGACGUCCAACGGCGACCCGAGCGUCAUGAGCAAGCGCCUGCGCCGGCACAUCACCACGCUGGCCUCGGUCGUGCGCGGCGUGUUUGGCGACGACGCCUACGUGCGCGUGCUGGAGGCGUAUGUCGAGCCGCCAGCAGACAUCUCGAAGGCCUCGCUGCACAACGUUGGCCGCGCCGCCCGCAUCACCAUUGAGGGCGUGCCGGACGACUUUGCCAGCGACCGCCUCGGUGUGCUUGGCGGGUUGGCUGUUGAGGCCGGCUUUGACUACGUCGCCUACACCAGCCGCGACUCCCUGUACGUGUCUGUGAUUGCAGACCAGUGCCGCCAAAACCUUGAUCUCGUGUUUCUGCUCGACGGCUCGGGCUCCAUCGAGUCCACCGCGCUCGGUGGUGCGCCGGGCACCUUCCAGGACCGCGUGCUGGCGUUUGUGUCGCAGGUCACCACCUACUUCACCAUUGGCGAGCACGACACGCGCGUGGCCGUGGCCACGUUUGCCAGCGGCGCCACCGUCAACAUCCGCCUCAACGACCACUUUGACGGCGACGCCCUUCGCGACGCCAUCGCCGACAUCCCCUACCCGCAGGGCCAGACGUACACGUCCCUUGGCCUGCGCGCCGUGCGCCAGGACAUUCUCACGGAGGCCAACGGCAUGCGCCCGGCCUCUGAGGGCGUGCCCCGCGUGCUGGUUGUGCUGACGGACGGUAACUCGCAGCCGUCGUACGACCCGGCCACGGAGGCGUCCAUCCUGCACGACCAGAACGUCAACGUGUUUGCCAUUGGCGUUGGCUCCUCCAUCUCCCAGUCGCAGCUGGAGGACAUUGCCAGCGACCCGGACGCGCGACACGUGUUCAACCUGCGCUCCUUCUCCCUCAUUGGCGACAUUGUCGACGCAAUGAGCGCCACCACGUGCGACGCCCCCGCCGUCCUCACCGCCGGCGACUCCGUGUCCUCUGUUGUCCGCCCCUGCGAGACGCUCUUCUUCCGCCCGCUCUGCGGCCAGAUCACCAACCUCAACAUCGAGCUCAAGUCUGAGCGCGGCGCAGCUGUCAUGUACGUCGCUUUCAACAACCAGCACCCGUCGCCCUUUGACUAUGACUUUGCCGUCACGGGCACGGACGAGCUGAAGCGGCUCACGCUGAACCGCUCGCCAGACGACACAGACCCCGUGUACAUUGCGGUGCAGGCCAACGUGCCCGCGGCCUCAGCCGAUGACGAGGACGCCGCCUUGGCCGGCGUGGACUUUGUGCUCACCGUGUACAGCGACAUCUUCCCCGGUGUUGCCGACACGGUUGUGCAGGUGGCGGAGGACCGCCCCGUUGGCACCGUCAUCUUCACGCCGCCGGCCACGCAGCUCGCCGACCCGCAGCCCGUGUUUGAGUUCAGCCUCGUGGGGCGCACGGACGAGCAGUUUUCCAUCGACGCCACCACGGGCGCCGUGUCCAUUGCGCGCCCGCUGGACCACGAGCUCGUCUCCUCGUACAGGCUGCGCAUCUCCGCACGCGCCAUUGGCCUCCCCUGCCUCACCGGCGCCAUCGACAUUGUUGUCAGCGUGAUUGACGUCAACGACAACGCGCCCGUGUUUGCGCAGUCGCUGUACCAGGUGGCCGUCGACGAGGGCCGCCCGCGCAACACGCUCGUGCUGCAGGUGCAGGCCACGGACGCCGACUCUGGCGCCAACGCCAUGAUUGUGUACUCCCUGGCCACGCAGAACGUCCCCUUUGCCAUUGAUGGCGCGAGCGGCGUCAUCGUCACCACGGAGGUGCUCAACAACGACGUGCAGCAGGAGUACCAGCUCGCGGUGGUUGCCUCGGACGGCGUGCGCUCUGCCACGGCCAAGGUGUACGUCACCGUGAACCCCGUGCCCUGUCCGCUGGGCACGGCCUCUGCCACGGGCACGCUGCCGUGCGUGGCCUGCCCCGACGGCACGUUCCAGGACGGCUCCGCCCCCGUUGCCGACACCUGCUUCCCGUGCGGCUGCGGCGAGGGCGAGUACGCCACGGGCUCCUGCACCCCCAAGCACAACUAUGACUGCCGCAGCUGCCCCGUGUACUCGUAUAGCGAGGCUGGCUCCAUCCAGCUUUCCGACUGCGAGUGCAAGGACGGCUACUUCAAGAUCGAGGACGAGGGCACCAACACCUUCUUCUGCGCGCCCUGCACAGAGCAGUGCCCCGCUGGCUCCUACCAGACGGCCGCGUGCAGCCCCAAGCACGACAUUGAGUGUGCCCAGUGCACCAGCACGUGCCCGAGCGGCCACUUCCUGAGCGGCACGUGCGGCGGCACGUCCAACUACGAGUGCACGCCUUGCGCCACCUGCCAGGCCGGCCAGUUUAUCUCCUCGCCGUGCCAGGUCACGGGCAACCGCGAGUGCAGCGCGUGCACCACCUAUGCCGACUGCGAGCAAGGCACCGAGUACAUUGACGGCCUGUGCACCAUGGGCACAGACACCAGCAGCCCCAGCUGCCAGCCGUGCAUCGACACGUGUGCCCCCGGCGCGUUCCUCACGGGCGAAUGCGGCGGUGCAGACGGCACCUCCCGCACACGCUGCCAGCAGUGCACCGUGUGCACGACAAGCCAGUACCUGGUGAGCGACUGCACCGACGACGCCGACCGCCAGUGCGCCGACUGCGUCACGGAGUGCGACGCUGGCUCGUACCUCGUUGGCGAGUGCAACCCCAUGUCCACCGACGCCCCGCGCUGCGAGCCAUGCACAACCGAGGAGGAUUGCGAGGACAACGAGUACCUCGACAACGGCGUGUGCGGCGGCUCCAGCACCCCAGAAUGCCAGACGUGCCACCCGUCGUGCCUGGCAUGCGACGGCCCCGGUCCCGAGAGCUGCACCGACUGCCCCUCCGGCACCAGCCUGCACGAGGGCGCGUGCCUUUCAGAGUGCCCCCUCGGCACGUACUCUGUCGACGGCGAGUGCCAGGCGUGCUCCAGCAACUGCCUCACUUGCAACGGCACCAGUGACACGUGCACGUCCUGCGACACGGCGGCCUCCUUGGUGCUGCACGACUCGGAGUGCGUGAGCGUGUGCCCCGACGGCUUCUUCAAGGACUUUGCCGGUGGCGUCUGCCGUCGCUGCAAGACCUGCUCUGGUGGCACGUACAAAGUGGGCGGCUGCCAGGGUGCCACCAACACCCAGUGCGAACCCUGGAGCGCCGAGUGCGUCCCUGGCGUGUCGUUUGAGUCUGUGACACCGACACCCUCCAACGACCGCGAGUGCACGAUGUGCAAGACGUCCUGUCCCGCUGGCGAACAGCUCACUGGAGAGUGCAUCACUGAGGACCGCACGUGCGUGCCUUGCCCUUCAGGCACAUACAAGGAGGCUGCCGGAGGCCAGGCGUGUGUGCCUUGCCCCACCUCCUGUGCACAGAACGAGUAUUUGGACGGCACGUGCACCGUCACCACCUCAACCGUGUGCCGGGCGUGCACGACCGAGUGCGAAAACGACAUAUAUCUGUCUGGAACGUGCAACGGCACCCGCAGCUACCCCACCUGCGAGGAGUGCUCGACGUGUGGCGAGGACCAAUAUGUGUUGCGGGCGUGCAGCUCUGCAAACGGCGGCUCCAACACCGUGUGCCGCGACUGCACGCAGACGUGCCCAGAGGGCCACUACAUGUCUUCCCCUUGCUCCGCCAACGCCGACGCAGUGUGCACGCCAUGCACGACCGCAGACGCGUGCCUGUCGACCGAGGUCCUCAUCGGCACAUGCGGCGGUACCGAGACAACGCAGUGCGUGCCCUGCCACCCGGAGUGCCUGACCUGCUCUGGCCCCUCCGCCAGCAACUGCACGUCGUGCGAGCGCGGCGUCUUCCUCAGUGGCACCGAGUGCCGGACAGAAUGCGACCUCGGGUUCUACCCAAGCACGGCCUCUGGCGAGUGCGAGCUGUGCCACCCGUCGUGCCGCGACUGUGUUGGCGCCACGUCCACUGCUUGCACCUCCUGCAACAGCCCGCUCUUCCUUCUUGGCACGGAGUGUGUUGCUGGCUGCCCCACGGGCUACUUUGGCGAUACCACCAGCCAGACUUGCCGUCAAUGCCGCCAAUGCCCAACGGGCACGUACAAGACGGGCGGCUGUGAUGGCACACAGGACACUGUCUGCACCAUGUGGACGCCAUGCGCUGUUGGCGAGUACGAGGUUGUGUCUCCCACGGCCUUCCGUGACCGCGAGUGCGCCGCCUGCCGCCAAUCGUGCCCAGCAGGCUCUGAACUCGUUGGCGAAUGCGGUGGCCCGGAGGGCACAAGCAACCCCUCGUGCGAGCCGUGCGAUGCCGGCUUCUUCAAGGAGGAGCCUGGUGCAGGCUCGUGCCAGGCCUGCCGCACGUCGUGCGAGGCCGGCUCCUUCCUCACGGGCCAGUGCUCCACCACCACCCAGCCCACGUGCCAGCUGUGCAAGUCGUCGUGUGGGCCCGAUCACUACCUGACCGGCGUGUGCGAGGGCCGCCAGGACUUCACGUGCGAGGCGUGCAACACGUGUGAGGAGGGCGAGUACGAGGUUGCCCCCUGCCUCGGGUCUGGGCAGAACAGGCAGUGCGCCACGUGCCGCACGUCGUGCCCGGCUGGCCAGUUCCUUACCGGCAUGUGCCAGGGCACCACGCAGCCGCAGUGCAUGUCCUGCCGCACGCAAGAGGACUGCGCAGAGAACGAGUUUGUCAGCGGCGAGUGCGGUGGCGCCGACGGUCGCCAGAACCCAACGUGCGAGUCGUGCGAUGGCUCGUGCGCUCGCUGCGACGGCUCCGCCCCCACAGACUGCGUUGCCUGCAGCGGCAGCCUCAGCCUGGACACGGACACGGGCCGCUGCGUCUCAGACUGCAGCGCUGGCACCUAUGCCGCGGACAACGUGUGUGAGGACUGCGACCCCAGCUGUGCAGCCUGCUUUGGCGGCGCCUCCACGGAGUGCACCGCCUGCUUCCCAGACACCUUCCUGUCCAACGGCCGGUGCGUGGCCACGUGCCCGCAGGGCACCUUUGCCAACGCCACCACAGGCCGCUGCCAGACGUGCUCCCAGUGCCCCUCGGGUACGUUUGUCGAAGCCGCCUGCACCACCACCUCAAACACCGUGUGCACGGCGUGGACGGAGUGCGCACCGGGCACGUACCAGUCGACCGCGCCAACCACCACCAGCGACCGCGUGUGCUCCACGUGCACCACAACCUGCCCCGCCGGCCAGGAGCUCAGCGUCUCCUGCACGCCCACGCACAACGCGCAAUGCACCGCCUGCAACGCCGGCACGUACAAGCCCAGCAGCGGGCCCCAGGCCUGCCAGGCGUGCGUGCAGUCUUGCAGCGAGGGCUACUACGUCUCCGGCACCUGCACCGCCACGUCCACCCCCACGUGCAUCCUGUGCACGUCCACCUGCGCUGAGGGCUUCUUCCUGCAGGGCGAGUGCGCGGGCAGCAGCAACCCGCACUGCGAGGCGUGCGACACGUGUGACAUUGGCAAGUACGAAACGCGCGCUUGCACGCUGAACAGCGACCGCCAGUGCUCCGCCUGCACCACGCCCGACGCCUGCGCACAGGGCGAGUAUCUCGAUGGCGAGUGCACGCCCACGUCCAACCCGCGCUGCAAGCCGUGCACCACGACCUCCCAGUGCGGCGCAGACCAGUUCCUCGCCGGCGAGUGUGCGGCGGAUGCCCCAAACCCCACCUGCACCACGUGCACGACGUGUGCCGGUGACGAGUACGAGGCUGCCCCUUGCACGGAAACGUCCGACCGCCAGUGCGCCAAGUGCACGGACGCGUGCCCGAACGGCCACUUCCUGACGGGCGCCUGCCCAGGCAGCCUGGCCGCAGACUUCCCCCGCACCGUGGUUGUGGACGGCGUGACGUACGCUGCCCUCGAUGCCACCUUCCCUGAAGACACGUCCACGUCCUGCCAGGCGCAGGCAAGCUUGCCUUCUGGCUGGUCGCUCGUCACCAACGUGGACGUUGCGCGCGAUGUGGCUGCUCAGCACCCGUGGGGCGCGUCGUGCCUUGUGGUGAGUGCCGAGCAUGCGUUUGCCACCGCCAACUCUGCCACCCUCAGCCCUGGCGACGCGUGCCACUGCGACGAGCAGCUCGGCUGCAUGACCUCCAGCAGCAGCGGGCUUCUUGGUGUGACCGCCUGCCCCCGCCGCAUCCUAAUGCAGUGGGCACCGCCCGCGUGCCAGCAGUGUACCUCCUCCUGCCCGGACAACCACUUCCUCGACGGCGAGUGUGGCGGCCGCUCCAACCCGGUCUGCCGCCCUUGCACCGUCUGCGAGGAGGGCUUCUACGAGACGGUUGCCUGCACCCACCUCGACGUCGGCACACAGGACCGCGUUUGCGAGCCAUGCGUCACAGAGGACGACUGCGCUGAGGGCGAGUACCUGUCUGGUAUGUGUGGCGGCACUUCAACGCCUACUUGACAGGCAUGCACAGAACUCCUGCCAGAAGGCUUCUUUC